AUGCCUCGCCGGAAGAAUCAGUACCUGUCCGAUGGGUCUGACUCAGACGCCUCUGCUUCAGGCGGUAGCGACGGCGGGUACAAUUCGCAAGAAGACGGCGAUUCCCGGGCUGAACGAGCGCUGUUUGAGCAGAACAGGGGCAACAAGCGUCAAAAGACGAAUGGGCGGAGUGGCAAGGAUUCGGCUUGGGAGGGGAUAUUUGGAGAAGGAGAUGAUGAGGGUCCAAGAGGAGGUGGGAGGGGUGUAGGCUCGAGGAGAGGAGGAAGGGGCGGAUUUAGCUCUGGGAGGACAGAUUGGACAAAGCCGCCAUCGUUUGUACCGACCGGUUCUGCCUCGACUGUGCAGCCUUCCGCUCCCACCCUGGAGGAGCUGGUCGCUCGUAAUAUCGCAGAGGCAGCGAAUGAGGAGGACGAGGGGGAGGAGGAAGAGGACGACAGUGAGGAUAGCGAUGAUUCGGAUUCGGCGCCCGCGUCGCCCCGGAUCCGGGAAGACGAGGACGAGGAUGAAGGGAGAGGCGCGACUGCAGGACUGGGCGGAGGCGUGCGGCUCCAGGGCUUAGCAAGGCCAGCGGAAGACGCUCAGCCACCGGCCACGGCGAAAGUCGGACGAGGCGGUAUUGGGUCAUCAUCACGUGGCGGCAGUCGUGGUGGAAUUGGCUCAGCAUCUCGCUCGUCAGCUGCGGCAGCUCCUCCGCUCGUUGAGGAAACGUCUCAGCCUACGUCCGGGACUAGCACGCCACGCGGUGGGCUCGGCUCGAGCAAUGCACCUCCGCAGUCCAUGGCCGCUACGUCGUCGUCCAGCACGCCUGUGGCUUUUGGCCGCUCGGCCAAUAUCUCCACUCCUAGCACGACCUCCGGUGCCCCUCGAGCUCAGCGGUCCUUCGUCACCCGUGCAAGUGACCCCACGCCCGUCGCCACUACACCCCUCACCGCGGCUGAAGCCGCCCACUUUGCCAAGAUCGAGAACGACUACGGAGCCAAGCUGCUCUCCAAGCUAGGCUGGGCGCCCGGAAAGGGUCUCGGAGCCAAAGAGGACGGUCGAGCUGUGCCUGUCGCUGCAGGCAGAGUAUUGCGGGGGCAGGGUAUCACGAGCGGUGUGCGGACAGAGGACAGUAAGCGCGAGGCCAGGCGGAAAGGGGAGAUUGUAUCGGAUAGCGAGGACGAGGAGGCAGAGCGGAAGAAGGGUGCAAGGAGAGUUGGGAAGGGCAAGCAUGGCAAACAAGGAGGAGAAGCAGCGGGGGAGCAGAGCUGGAAGAAGCAGCGCAAAGUCAAAGUCAAGGUGGAGCACAAGACGUAUGAGCAGAUCGUGGCGGAGGCGAGUGAUCAGGCUGCUUCAGGAGUGGAAUUGGUGUUGGAUGCGAGAAGCGGGGAGAUGAAGGAAGUCCAGUCACUGGCUGGGUUGUCGUUGUCUAAUUGGACACCGACCAGCGACAACAUGCAGCUCCCGGAGCUCCGGCAUAAUCUCCGCCUCGUCAUGGACGCGACCAAGGCGGACGUGGAUGCGCUCGCUAGGGAAGGAAAGACGGUGGUGGAGAAGCGAAAGUGGGCAGUCAGGGAGGAGCACCUGGCUCGGAAACGAGUCGAGGACGCUGAGAAUCGUGUAGCGCGGCUUGAGCGCAUCCAAGAGUCCGUCUCUGCGGUAUCAGCCAUUGCCGCCAAGCCGAAGGCAGCGGAUAGUACAUUGGACCCCCUUGCUGGAUUCGCAGAGAGCUUCACCUCGCUGCUGAGCUUCAAGGAGGAGUAUCGGACAAUGGCGCUGGACGAGGUGGUAGUCGGUGCUAUUGCCCAGACUACGAAACAAACCUUUGCGGAUUGGGAUCCUCUCGAUAUCUCGACCGACUCCCUUCUACAGACCCUCAAGCGAUGGCGACACGCCUACAACCUUCCUCGAUCAGAAACGGACGACUCCAAGAUGGUCAUCACUAGCGCGAAUGUUGUUGCGGGCGGAAGCAUGAUUCAGGCUGAGAGACUCAUGACGCCUUGGGAAAGCCUGCUGUGGACCCUCUGGCUACCUCGCGUCCGAUCCAGUAUCAAUAAUGACUGGAGUGCCUUUCACCCACACUCGGCUGUUGUCUUACUCGAAUCAUGGUCGCCUAUCCUCCCACCCUUUAUCCGCGAUAACAUUCUGGACCAGCUUAUACUACCCAAAGUCAAAAAGGCGGUCGAGGAAUGGACACCGAAACCCUCUCGUUCCGGCAAAGUCCGGUCAUUGGCCGGUGUCAUAUUCCCGUGGUUACCACUCCUGGGCGCGAGGAUGGAAGAUGUCACGGAGAUCGCGAAGCGGCGGAUCAGGGCCGUGUUGCGGAGCUGGACGCCCAAAGACGGGGUACCUGCCGAGCUGGAAAAGUGGCGUAAGGAUAUGUACAGCUCGAGCGAUUGGGACAAGCUCAUGCUCCAAUACGUCGUCCCGAAGCUCGGCCAUACCCUUCGGGAAGACUUUGUCAUCAAUCCCGCCAAGCAAGAUAUGGUACCGCUCGAAGAAUGGGUGUUGCCUUGGCACACCCUCUUGCGAUCGUCCAUGUUUGUUCACCUACUCGACGCGGAGCUCUUCCCCAAGUGGAUCGAGAUCCUCUAUGUCUGGCUCGCGAGUCCAGGAUGUAAGCCUGACGAGGUGGCCAGCUGGUUCACCUGGUGGAAGAGCCGCUUCCCUGCUCCGAUCCUCGAGAUCCGCGGGGUCCACAAUGCCUUCAAGCAGGGACUCGAGCUCAUGGACGCCGCCAUGCGCCUUGGCUCGUCCGCUCCCGACCGACUCGUCAAGCCGGUCUACAAACCCCUCCCAGCCACAAAAUCCAAACACCUCGCCCACAGUCGGCCCUCCUCGCCCGCUCCUAUCCGGCUCCCAGCAGAACCCACCGGCACUACCGGACCUACCGAAAUCACCUUCCGGUCUCUCGCGGAGGAAGCGGCCGCGGCUCGGGACCUCAUCUUCCUCCCUCUUGGCCGGUCGCAUGCUCAGACUGGCAAGCCGCUGUUCAGGGUGGCGAAAUCUGUGGAUGGUAAGGGAGGCGUCACAGUGUAUAUCGGGGACAAUGCGGUAUUCGUACAAGGAGAAGACGGGGGCUACAGAGCGGUACAGUUGGAAGAGAUGAUCAGAAGGGCGGGGGGGUAG